GCCACGCAUGCUCCCGCGCCUGCGCCUCGCGUCUCUCCGCGCCCCUCCGCCCCCUUGGGCCCAUGCACCCGCGCCGCGCGCUCCUUUUGCUGUUGCCGGUGCUGCCGCCGGUGCUGCCGGCCGCGAGGCGCGUGCGGCCCCUGGGUCAGAGCCCCCUGCCCCGCGCCGCAGGCCCCGCGCCCGCUCGCCGCUCCUCCUCGUCGGUGGCCGCCUCGCGGGCGCGGCCCCAGGGUCGCGCCAUGGACGGAGCCCAGGCCCAGGCCGAGGCGGCGCUCGGCCCCUUCCGCCUGGCCGUGAGGCAGCAGGGGGAUCUGGUGAGGAAGUUGAAGGAAGACAAAGCUCCCCAGGUCGACAUCGAUAGAGCCGUCGCAGAGCUCAAGGCGCGCAAGAGAAUUUUGGAGGCGAAGGAGUUGGCGCUGCAGCCCAAAGAUGACAUCGUGGACCGAGUUAAAAUGGAAGAUACCCUCAAGCGGAGGUUCUUCUAUGACCAAGCCUUUGCGAUUUAUGGAGGGGUCAGCGGCCUGUAUGACCUGGGGCCCGUGGGCUGUGCCCUGAAGAACAACAUCAUCCAUAUCUGGCGGCAGCAUUUCAUCCAAGAGGAGCAGAUCCUGGAGAUCGACUGCACCAUGCUCACCCCGGAGCCUGUUCUCAAGACGUCCGGGCAUGUCGACAAAUUUGCCGACUUCAUGGUGAAGGACGUGAAAAGCGGGGAGUGUUUCCGGGCCGAUCACCUCCUGAAAGCUCACCUGCAGAAGCUGAUGUCUGAUAAGAAAUGUUCGGCUGAGAAGAAAUCAGAGAUGGAAGGGGUCUUGAUCCAGCUGGACAAUUACGGCCAGGAGCAGCUGGCGGACCUCUUUGUGAACUACAACGUCAAGUCCCCCAUCACCGGAAACGAUCUCUCCCCUCCGGUGGCGUUCAACCUGAUGUUCAAGACCUUCAUCGGGCCUGGAGGGAACAUGCCUGGCUACCUGAGGCCGGAGACUGCCCAGGGAAUCUUCCUCAACUUCAAACGGCUUCUGGAGUUCAACCAGGGAAAGCUGCCCUUUGCUGCCGCCCAGAUCGGCAAUUCCUUCCGCAAUGAGAUCUCCCCUCGCUCCGGACUGAUUCGAGUCAGAGAAUUCACGAUGGCAGAGAUCGAGCACUUUGUUGACCCCAAGGAAAAACAGCACCCGAAGUUUGACAGCGUGGCGGACCUCACCAUCUCCCUGUACUCAGCCAAGGCCCAGGUCAGCGGCCAAUCCGCACACAAGAUGCGCCUGGGGGACGCGGUGGAGCAGGGGGUGAUCAACAACUCCGUGCUGGGCUACUUCAUCGGCCGGAUCUACCUCUACCUCACCAAGGUGGGGGUGUCCCCGGAGAAGCUUCGGUUCCGGCAGCACAUGGACAACGAGAUGGCGCAUUACGCCUGUGACUGUUGGGACGCCGAGGCCAAAACGUCCUACGUGAGUACCAAGAGAAGCCUUGGCCCCGGCGGGGGCGGCCCCUCUCCUUCCCCUUCUCAUCAGCCCUGGGGGUUGAGCAAGCGGGCUUCUCAUCCCCGUGUCCCCGUGACAGCUGAAGCCCUGACCAGGAAUGGGGUGUCCCACAAGGUGGACGACUCCUCCGGCUCCAUCGGGAAGCGCUACGCCAGGACGGACGAGAUCGGCAUCGCCUUCGGGAUCACCAUCGACUUUGACACCGUGAACAAGACCCCUCACACGGCCACCCUGCGAGACCGGGACUCCAUGCGCCAGAUCCGCGCCGAGAUCACUGACCUCCCCAAGGUGGUCUGCAGUUUGGCCAAUGGCACCCUGACGUGGGCCGACGUGGAAGCCAGGUACCCUCUGUUUGAGGGGCAGGAGACGGGCAAGAAAGACACGAUCGAGGACUGAGACCCCGCGGCCCCUCCUUGUCCUGCUUGCGCCAUUAAUCUGCAAACGCCUAUCAUGUGACCGUCUGUGCUGGAGCGGGCCGGGGUCUGAGCCCCCGACACAAAUGACGAUUAAAUUAAAGGUUCGAACAGACGAGGCUGCUUGUGUGUGUUUGUGUGGGGCCCGGCCCCCGGAGGAGUCCCUGGAGGAGCUGGCAGAACCCGCGUUGGCCAAGGGCUCUCGUGGCAUUGGAAAACUGCUGACCCCCCAGAGCCUCCCUGCACACAGUGGGGCUCCUCCGGCUGCUGCUCCCCAGAACCCCCAGGCACACAGUGGGGCCCCUCUGGCUUUCCUGGCAGCUUUGUGUGUGUCUGGAAGGCAGGACCUUGGGCUCCUGGGUCUGGGCAGCGAGACCCAGGCCGAGAAGUGUGUGUGUAUGGGCGCUUUCCAUCCCCCCUCCCCCACCGGCCGAGUUUGUCUCUUGUGACCCGCUCGGGGGCUGGGGGCUGCUCUCCAUCUGCCUCUGGCGUGGAUGUGCCGCGUGUUGGGUCGGGCGACCCAAAGCCCGGCCUCAUCUUGCAGCACCAGGGGGCGCACAAGGCAGGUCCAGCCCGGCUGGCUCAGCCAGGGCAUCCUGGGCCAAGGGUUUGCCCUGCUUAGAGCCUCGGGGGGACGUGGGGGCUGGAGCAGGGACCAGAAGGAUUUUCUCCCUCGAGGUCAGAUCUCCUUUAGGGGCUGGUAGGAGCCGCUCGGGGAGGUCUGACCUCCAUCCUUGUACCUGUAGCCAGGCAGGGAAGGCCCGUCUGUCCCAGUCUGCCGCCAUCAGAGGGGCUUUCCCACUGGAACGAGGUGGGCUGGGCCCUUGUGUGCCAACAACCUUGGCCCGGGGCCCGGGGUGUCAUGGCCUGGUGCUGCUCGAAUCUCCCGAAUGUCAGGCUGGGUAAAAGUGACCCACUCAGCUCUGUGGCCUGGGCUCUGUGGGCCCUGGUGGUGUCUCUCUGGGCCUGGGUGGUGGGUCUGGGCUGGGGCAGAGGCUCUGUGGGCCCAGGCCACGGCUCGCUGCCUUCGGGAGAAGCGAGUGGGCUGGUGUAGAAUUCAGUCACGGGGAAGGGUCCGGGGAGUUGCUGGCCCCAAGGUCCCCCACGGCCUCUUUCUCUGGCAGAAGGUGCAACCAGCCUCCCCACGCAGCCUCUCGCCCCCGCUGGCCUCUUGGAGGGGCCUCCUGGGGAGACCCCAGCAGGGUGUGGGUGUCUUUUCCCUCUGGUUUUUAUUUUAAAUUGCACAAUAAAGGAGAUCAGCUUUCUUAACUUGGAGUCACGGGGGACCUUAAAGUUUCCAAAGUGCUGAACUCCAGACGCACCCCAGGCAGGGGAAGGGGGAGGGGCCUCCCCCAGUGACCUCGGCUGGGCCUUCCAGAAAAGCCCACUGUUUCUUGUCUCUGUGACUCAACAUCAAGAUGCUUUAAUAAACCUUGAACAUCUCGGA